GGGGGUGCUGUCACGCAUGCGCACCGCGCAUGCGCAGAACAUUUGUGUGACGGGGGUCGCCGUCACACAAACGUUGAGAACCACUGCUUUAAGGAAUUGCAUUCCAUUCUUCCUUUCCUUGUACUUCCUAAACUGUACAAUAUGGAUUCUGAAUAUAGGAAAGCUUCAUUGGUUGAACAUUGGUUGGCAAUGAAAACUUGCAGAUUACUUCAGCAUCCUGGUGGUAACCUUUGGUGUAAUGCAGAACAGGAUGAAAUGAAGGUGCUAAGAGUUUGGACAUGAGAGAGACGGUACCCAUUCUUCCCUCAGUUAAGCUGAUCGAGAUUUUUACAAAUCUGUUAUUUUAAAGAGUUCAGUGUCUUAAGACCAACUGAAUGAUUUUGUGAAGAUAAUUAAUUAUGAAGGUUUGUAUGAGAAAAAAAAAUAUCAGAAGGGGGAAAUGGCAAAAGAUGUAUAACUGGGAAAUAAUUCUGCUCUAAAUGAUUAAAUUGUGGCCUCAGUUAAACAUUUAAAUUUUAAAAUAUAAUGCUUCUUUGUGUAAGAUCUUUCUAAAGUGCUUUUAAAAUAAACAAUGCAUAUAUUAAUUCUUCUGGAAAACAUUUUUCCUCCAUGAUUUAUCUCUGUGUUACAAACUUCUUUUUUUGUCAGAAAUGUGUUCUUUACAGGUCAAACAUGCUUCUGCCUUAUAAAGAUGAACAAAUUCUAUCCAAUUGUUUUAAGAAAAAUAUAUAAAGUUACAAUAUAAUUGCAGUAAUCAUGUGUGCAAAUAUAAAAAUAUAUUUCAACUAUUUCCCCAUUUGCCCAAAUGAUAAUUUGAGAUUCUAUUUAGAUGCUCUCACAAAAUGGCAGCCAGUCACAAAUACCCUAUUAACAAAGACAGACUUUUCAGGAUGCCUUCUAGGACCUCCUGCAGCCUUCCAAAAUCAUUCCCAGCCCCCUUAUUUUUCUACUUUUCAGGAAAGGUAGGCACAUUUAAAUAUCAGGCUCUUGCCAUACCACAAGAUGACUUCCUGAGACAUGUUUCUAUCUCAAUUAUUCCUGCAUUUCAUUUUCAGAUCCUUUUGCAUUUCAAUCAAUUAUUUGAGGCUGCUGGGGAGAAUGAACCACAUUUCUAUUCUCAGCUCAGUUUCCAGCUUCUGUCUUUGUUUAUUUUUUAAAGAAUAACAUUAACUAGCAGAAAAAGACAGCUUGAAUAAUUAACCGGGCCUAUGUGUUCCCAAACUAUGCCUCCAUUAACCUGAAUGUCAACCAACACUGAGCAAUGGCUAAGCCCCUGUCAGUAAAUGUAAACUACCCGUAGGAGUUUGCCUCCCCAUUCCUUACAGCAGGAACCAGGUUGGCUUUUUGGAGUUACCUACAACUCUAAAUAAAAGCAAAAUUGAUGUCCUGAAUUGUAAACAUUAUAUUAGAAUAUCAUGUUUUACUUGGGAAUACAGUACUUUUGUGUAUCUUUUCAGUAUAGCACAACUGUUCAAGUGUUUACCUCUGGGUCCCUUUUUACCAAUUUCUCCCUUAGAAUUUGUCUGGCUGUCAACAAGGUGUCUGCAAAUUUCACAGGAAUGAAAGGGCUCUCAUUAGGAUUCUUAAGGAAUUGAACAUUAUUAGGUAAAACAACAUGACAAAACAGAAAAGCUUCUACACAAUUUCAUUAAGACCCACAUGAUAGAUACUCCUUAACUGGUGAUGAGAUUUUUUUUUUAAUAUACAGUCUAAAGUGAAUGAGAAUAACAAGAAAAAAAAGAGGGCAAAUCUUGAAACAGAUUGCAGAAUAUCUGUCUGUGGGCCAACCAUAUUUCAAGAUCACAAGGUGAUAGUAUCUGAAAAGCUGCAGUAGAAGUAAAUAUAAAUGGCAAACAGUUGUCAGUCCACACUGGAAAAUAUUCCAGUUUCAUUACUGUACAGGUAGUCCUUGGUUUACCACAAUUCAUUUAGUGACUAAAGUUACAAUGGCAGUAAAAAAAGUGACUGUUUUUCACACAACUUGCAGCAUCCUCAUGGUCACAUGAUCAAAAUUCAGAUGCUUGGCAACUGACUUCAUGGUUGCGGCAUCCUGGUGUCAUGUGAUCACUGUUUGUGACCUGACAAGCGAGAUCAAUAGGGAACCAGUUUCACUUAUCAACCGUGUUACUAAUUUAACAACUGCAGUGAUUCACUGAACAACUGUGGCAAGAAAGGUUGUAAAAUGGGGCAAAACUCACUUAACAAAUGUAUCACCCAGCAACAGAAAUUUUGGGCUCAGUUGUGGUUGUAAGUUGAGGAUUACCUGUAUGUACUUGCAGAUAAACUGAGAACUUGAGGCACCGAAAUGCACCUUAAAAAUCGGAUUUGGCUUAUCUGCAAGUAUAUAAGUAAUAUUUUUAAAAGUAUUUAAAAUUAAAAAUUAACCCAUAUUUUCCAUAUACACCCACUGAUAAACAUCUGCAGAUAAGCAGACCACCAAAAACAUCAUGAAAAAUGUGAUUCAUUUUAUCUGUGAGAAUGUAUGGUAUUUUGUUCUUGUUUAUGCUACACUGGAGAGGUGGCUGAGGCCCCUGAGUCUUUCCUAAUAGUAGUUCCUUACUUAAAUGUAGCAGUCGCUGCUGGAGCUAUGAAAAAGUGCCUGUAUUCUAGUAUUUCAUGAUCCCAGACUGUAAGGACUGCUUGUCAGGUCAAAAUAAACUCAUAAAGAAAUGCGUCAUUUUGUUAUCACAUGCAGUCAAUGACUGAUCUAAUUAGGACAUGUAAUGUCAUUACUUAUAUUAAAUGUAUCAUGUUUGCUCAAUUAUUAACUUUAAGCUCUGUUCUUAUGCAUGUGACAUUACUUUAUGUGCUGAUUCUAUCAGUGGAGCUUAAAUAUGGCAAGAAUCAAUCUGUUUAACUGUACUAAAUGGAGAACAAAGAAAUUGGUGGCAAAGCCCACCACCAAUCCAAAAGCACUUUAUGUUAUUAUCGAGAUUUUAAUCAGAUGUCAUUAUCAUCUGUGUAAAUUAAUUCUACAGGGCACCACUAAUCAAUAUGUACUAUCUAAAUAAUUGCCUCAAACAUAUGAAUCUAUACGCAAGAAAAGUACAAGAAGUAUCCUGGUUUCUGCUCAGUGGGUAUCACAGCUCAGCGUGUUUAGCGAGCAAACACACCACUGUCUCAUUACAAUAUUUCAUUGGAAAAAUCAACAUUCUGGGUUGAUAAUAUCAGCUAGUAUCAGAUUUAAACAUACCUCCAAAUUGACCGGUUGGGUUUCAUGUUGCAUUAGACAAAAGGAAAGUCUGUUGAGAAUCAGUCACUGGCUGGCAGAACUCCCAGCUGGAGAGAAUGGUAGCAUCUGAUUGGAGUUGCUAUGGUGAGGGAACUUGUUGAUUUUUCUCCUGCUGUUGUCUGAGAAGAAGUGGGGCAGCUGAAAAGCAAAGAGAAGAGAGAAAACUUUGUGGGCAAUGUGGCCGAAAAACCCAUGUAUUCAGUCCAUAAAGCUCCAAGAAGUGGAGGUGGUGGGCCUGCUCACAGAGCCUUCCUUUCACAUGGCGGUGCAUGCAGUGGAGACCCUUAGGAGAAACUUCCCUACCAAGAUAGGUGAGCCUAAAGUACUUCCUUUAUUGCAGUUUGCAUGGGAUGAAUAUCUACAAGAAAAAAAGAAGGAACUGAGGGGUGAAACAUGGGAAUAUCCAUCCAAUGUGAUGUGUUUUGUUGACAACCAGCUUCUUGGAGAUGAAAAAAUGUUGCUGAAGUGGGCUUAUGAUGUCUGGGAUUAUAAAGACUUUAAGCCCAUAGCACUUUAUGAAGCAAUUACAUCAGAUUUCCUCACAAAAUACUUAAAAGCCAAAAAGCAUAUGUUUGUUUUCAUGGAAAUAGCAAUUCAGGAAGUUUCGAUUGGAAAAUUGCUCUUUGAGCUCUAUUCUGACAUUUGCCCCAGAACAUGCCAUAAUUUCAAGUGUUUAUGUACAGGAGAGAAAGGGUACUCUGAGUCUGGAUUGGCACUCACUUAUAAGGAUUCAAUUUUUCAUCGAAUUGUAAAAAAUGGCUGGAUACAAGGAGGAGAUAUAAAUGGUGGAAGAGGAAAUGGAGGUGAAUCGAUACAUGGACCUGUCUUUGAAGAUGAAAAUUUUGCAGUUCCCCAUGAUAAGAGAGGAGUUCUUGGAAUGGUCAACAAAGGCCGUCACACCAACGGAUCCCAGUUCUACAUCACAUUACAACCUGCACCAUAUCUGAAUACCAAAUAUGUGGCUUUUGGACAGGUGAUCGAGGGCUCAGAAGUUCUACGGGAACUGGAACUAACAGAGACAUCCAAUGAGAGGCCAGUGCUACAAUGUAGAAUUCUUAACUGUAACAUUUUUCAGCCAUGAUUACUGUAUACUGUAGAUGUUAAUUUGGUUUAAUUGUAGAGCGUAGCUCUUUUCUGAUCAUAUGACUUGUGGCAGCUAAAAAAGUUGACAAAUAAAAAUUAUUUUUUAAUUUUUACAAAA